AUGGAAAAGCUGCUGGUGGAGGAAGUAAGGAAUAAGACUGCAGCCCAGGAGUUCAUCCUGGAGGGAUUUCCUGCCUUGCAACGCCUGGGCACCAUCUUCUUCCUCAUACACCUGGUGGCAUAUUUGACGUCCAUCCUGAGCAACAUGCUCAUAAUUGUCAUCACCCUCGCCGACCCUCGCCUCCACAUACCUAUGUACUUCUUCCUCAGCAGUUUCUCUGUUGUAGAAUGCUGUUUCAUCACCACUGUGAUUCCCAAACUGCUGACCAUCUUUCUAUUAGGGAGGCAGACCAUUUCCUUUGUAGCUUGCUUUGCACAAGCCUUCCUCUUUCUUUUCCUGGGGGCGACUGUGUUCUUCCUCAUGGCUGUACUAUCCCCGGAUCGAUACCUGGCCAUUUGCAGACCUCUGCAUUACCCAACCAUCAUGAGCCGGAAGGUGUGUUUCUUGCUGGUUGCUUUCUGCUCAGUGUUGGGAUUCCUCUUUAUGGUGAUUCCAGUCCUGGCACUCUCUCACUCAUCAUUCUGUGGCCCCAAUGUCAUCCCUCAUUUCUUCUGUGAUUUUGGACCCCUGUCCAGUCUUUCCUGUUCUGAUACCAGAUCCAUUGACAGCUUGUUCUUCAUGUUGGCCUUAUGUGUUCUCUUCACAUCCCUCAUGAUAACCAUCGUGGCCUACAGCAACAUAGCAGCCACCAUCAUGCGUCUCCCCUCAGCCAAGGAGAGACAGAGAGCGUUCUCCACCUGCUCCUCCCACCUCAUGGUCCUCUCCCUGAUGUAUGGCAGCUGUGUCUUCAUAUAUGUGAAGCCGAAGCAAACAAGCAGGCUGGACUCUAACAGAGAGGCCGCGCUGGUGAAUACAGUGGUGACCCCCUUGCUGAACCCUGUCAUCUACACCCUACGCAACAAGCAGGUCCACCGGGCUCUCUGGGUUGUUCUGUCCAGGCUGAAGGUGUGGAAGUAG